CUAGUAUAUAUGUAAGAGAGAGAAGGGGAGAGAGACAAAGAGUUGGCAAUAAAAAGCAUUACAUAUCAAGAAAACUGAAACAUGUCAAGGUUUAGUAACACUGUAAUAGGUCUUUUGAACCUAUUCACACUCUUAGCUUCAAUACCGAUCAUAGGUGGCGCCUUAUGGCUAGCAAGAAGCAGCGCCACCUGCGAAAGCUUCCUCCAAACACCACUUCUGGUCAUCGGAUUUAUAGUCUUGAUUGUAUCUUUGACCGGUUUCAUAGGUGCAUGCUUUCACCUGGCCUGGGCACUUUGGGUCUACCUGGUGGUGAUGCUGCUCCUGAUCGCAGCGUUGCUGGCCUUCACCAUCUUUGGGUUCAUCGUGACAGGAGCAGGUGGUGGAAUGAAUGUUUCCGGCAGAGCAUACAACGAGUAUCACUUGGAGGAUUAUUCGCCAUGGCUUAGGAAAAGAGUUGAGGAUCCAAAGUAUUGGAUGACAAUCAGAAGUUGUAUUUUGGGGUCAAAGACUUGUAGGGAUAUUGUCAUGUGGUCUCCUGUUGAUUAUUUGACUAAGGAUAUGUCUCCUAUUCAGUCAGGUUGUUGCAAGCCACCAAGUGAAUGCAACUAUGGGAUGACGAUGAUGACACAAGAAUUAGAUUGCUACAAAUGGAGCAAUGAUCCGACCACAUUAUGCUACGAGUGUGAUUCAUGCAAAGCUGGGGUUUUAGAGAAUGUGAGGAGAGAUUGGCGAAUACAAGGAGGUCGGAGACAGAUUACCCAUAUGGUGAAAACCAAAUGUCCAAGAUCCGACCCAGAUGGGAUUUCUUUUGGUGGAGAUGGUGGCAUGACAGAAGACACCAGCUUUAUUGAAAAAUUCUCUGAAAACACAUCCUCCAUCCUGAUCUGCUGCAGCUAUGUUCCUCUCUGGCCAGCAUCGCAGUUGUCUCCACCUCCGGCUGCUGUGACACAGUGCCUCCGACUCCGACUACGACUACUUUGCCUCCGAUAUCUUCUGCAGGUAAAACAACAAACUGGAAAUUUCAAGCACUAAUCGAUUACAUGAAAAUGAAGACCGAAUACAUUACAUGCACAAAAUGUUAGAGGUAAAGUCGUCCAAGUCGAAGGCGCUGUGUUGCAGCAGCCGGAGGCGGAGACAAGGCCGGCGACGACAAUGGCAGAGAGGAACAUAUUUUAUAAAAAGCUUUUAUCAAUUAAGAUGUAUUUUAUAAGAGACUACCAAACAAGCUAACAGGUAGAGCUGGUAAAAAUCGAUAAAACCCACUAAUCAAACCUGAACCUAACCCAAAAUUAGCGGGUCGGGUUGAGCUUUGCAACACAUUUAAUUAAAUAGAUUGGGUUGAGAAAAAAUUAUAAAUUUUUUUUAACGUGUCAACUCAUUUAACUUUAAUAUAUAUUUAAUUAAACAAUUAUUUGAAUAUUAUCAUGAAUUAAUGAAAGUAUUAAUUUAUAAAUUAUAAUGUUGUACUAUCAUUUGUCUUUAAAAAAAUUCAAUAAUAAUUGUCAUUCUUUUUCUUAGCACUGACAAUACUAGUUACUCUCCAAAAUAAUUUUGAAAUUAAAUAUUUUUAAUGUGAUUUGGACAAUUUAUAUGUAUUUUUGAAUUAGGAUUGUACUUUUGUCAUACUUUGAAACUUUAUUUACGUUUGAAACUAAUUUAAAUGAUAUAAUCUUUAGUUAAUUUAUUUUUAAAUGAGUUAACCUAAGUUUAACCAAUUUAUGUAGUAGGUUGGGUCGGGAACUACAUAAACAUGUUAACCUAGUGACAACCAAUUUAUCUAAAAGGUUGGAUUGAGUUGGAAAUAUCAACCCAUUUAAAUAAACAUGUUGGGUUGGGUUGAGAACUUUCAACCCAAUUAAUAAAUGGGUUGAAUCAGAACCCAAUCCAGAUCGAUCCAUUAUCAGCUCUACUAACAAGUUAGCUCUUAAUUUUUCAAUAGUAGUUCGUUUGGAAAAAUGGAAGAAAAUAGGAUGAUAUUAUUGAAAUAGAUUUAUUUUAUUUAGUUAAAUUAACAAAAUAAGAUUUAUAUCAUUAGCACCUAUCGCCGAUGUGCAUAAUUUCUUUUUUUUGUAUAUAGAUGUUAUCUUUGUACCUCAUGGUAUAAACACUUUAGGACCCGGAUGUUAUCUUUGUAAUAACAAUGGACUUUUGUUUCUUUGUAAUUUCACAUUUUCAUGUGUAGAUAAGUUUUGUUAUCCUUCUUAAUCAUUGUAAUCUCUUUACUUUUUCUAGAAUCAACCCGAUUCUUGAAUAUAAAAUGGUAAUUUGAUCCAAGCUAUAAAAAAAUGUUCAAAGUGAUAAAACCUUCACAUCUAUUUUGCCAAUUGCAUUUAUGACAUAACUAGCAAAACAUCUCAUAACCACUUUGUACUGUGUUUGACAUGCAAUUGACUCCAACUAAAACUAAUGUGAAUGAGAGAAAACAUUUUACUUUUCAUCCCACCCAAAAAAACAAAAGAAUCAUAAUGAUCUAAGGCCUAAUAUACUUGCAUAUUGAGAAAUUUCCCAUUUUUUUUUUUUUCAUCUUUAAACUUUUUCACUUCCAUCUCUUUUGGGCUCUGUUAUCCUUCCUUUAGCUGCAAAUCUGUCAGAUGCCAAUCUUUCUUCCAAUGCUCUUGCACCCCUUUCCCUGGAAUUGGAAUUGCAAUAAGAGGGAAUUGGAAUUCAAAGAAGUUGAAGAUGCCUCAAUGGAGUCAGAACCAGGUAAUGCAGCACUACCUACAGUAUACCCCCUUGUCUCAAUGGAGCUUUCAGACCUUCCACACAUCAUUUGAUGAAAAACUGAAGCAAUGGGAUCAAUCAAAGGAGAUCGCCAUGAUGAAUAGACACAGAGAAGUCAAGAGAUUGACAACAAAGAUGAAUAUCAAGAACUCUCUAGAACCCCAGAUGGGUUCAAGGAGCUUUCCAAUGAAAAGAAGACCCAUUGUGCUAAUAAGAAUCUGGAAAACGAAUGUAAUGGAUCAGUCUGUAUACAUUGUCCAUAUAUGAUUCGUUUUUCUCCUUCAAAUGUAUGAAAACUACAAACAUAAACCCUAAAAAGGUUCGUACAAUCGUACCCCAUGUAUGCUUUGUUCAAUAUACCCAGCUGUUAACAGAUUCCAACCGAAAGGAAUUGUCCUGUGAUGCAAAUUAUGAAAAUGAAUUUAAAAUUACGAAAACAUCAAAACGAAACAGUGUGUUGUGGUGGAAGGAAGUUAAUCGAUACCUGGCAGGAAUGAGUGCAACAUAGGUAAGGGAUGUAGGGAAGAUCUGAACAGAAAUGUGUAUACAAACAAGAACAAACACUAGGCCUUUACAAAGUUUUGUAAAUCCUGCAAACAUGUUCGGACCCUGAUCCAAUUACCAUUAUCAAAAAUCAAUCAAGAAAUUACAGUUGUGUUUUUAAUUCUUUGGAAGAAACUUGAACAUGGUUACAUUUAAAUAGAUCUGGAUAUGAUAUCGAACAAAAAAGAAUGAACACGAAUCAAAAUUCUCAGC